GCCGGGAGUGGGCGGCGGCGGUGUCAGUCCGGGGGGAGCCGCGGGGCCGGGAGCGGGCUAGGCUGCGCCCCUACAUAACUGCUGCCGCCUGAGCCCCCGCUGACGUCUUUCGAAUUGGAGACGGGGCUCGCGCGCCUACUGAGCCGCCCGCGAGCUGCAGUAAGACAUUUUAGGAUGUCCAGGAAUGUGCAGCGACUUAGAGACCACGAUACAAAUCCAUGUCUAGCGGAAACAGAUGCUUCUAGACAAUGUAUGGAUGACAAUAACUACAGAAAGGAUAUGUGUGCCUCUUAUUUUUUAAAGUACAAAAACUGCAGAAAAUUUUGGCAUGCUGUUAUGAUACAAAGGAGAAGAGAUGGUGUGAAACCAAAUAUGCCUACAGCAGAGGAGAGAGAGAAUAUAUUGAAGUCAAUAGGAGGGACACCAUACUGAUUGCACAAUCUGUAUUGUUUACUAUUAUAUGUUAUGUACAUAUGAAGAUUUCUGUCAGCUAGGCAUUAAAAAUUUUUAACAUUG